CCAACAACACCACCAAUCCACAGAAUUACUGCCAUCAUGAGAAGAGAAGACAUCACCUAUAUGGGUGCCGGCCCCGCCGCCCUCCCGACCGACGUUCUCACCACCGCCGCGGAGGCUUUGUUGAACUACCAAGACACUGGCUUGGGUGUAGCAGAGCACAGCCACCGCAGCGAGCUGGCCUCGAAUAUCCUGAACACUGCUAAGGCUGACCUCGCCAACUUCCUCGACAUCCCUUCCUCUUACGAGAUCCUGUUCAUGCAAGGUGGUGGCUCCGGCCAAUUCGGCGCAGUCGUCUAUAAUAUCGUGUCCGUUUGGAUCGAGAAGCAAAGACAGAAGAUCGUGAAGGAACACCCCGAGAUCAGCGAGGAGGAUACGCUGAAGGAGGUCCUCAAGAAGGUCGAAUCGGAAUUGCGGUUGGACUACCUUGUGACUGGAUCGUGGUCAUUGAAGGCGAGCCAAGAAGCUGCCCGCCUCCUCGGACCAGAGUAUGUCAAUGUCGUCAGUGACUCGAGAACAAUCAACGAUGGGAAGUUCGGCAAGAUCGCGGACGAAUCCACCUGGUCGUUGAGCCCCAAGGCUGCUAUGGUGUACAUGUGCGACAAUGAGACUGUCGAUGGUGUCGAAUUCCCUAGCUUCCCCAAGGUUCUGGAGCCCAAGGGCACAGACAACGACCCCAUUGUCAUCGGUGAUUUCUCGUCGAACAUCCUCUCCAGACGGAUUCCUGUCGAGAACUACUCCAUCAUCUUCUUCGGAGCUCAGAAGAACCUCGGUACCCCUGGAGUUACUGGGGUGAUUAUCAAGAAGGACCUCCUCCCCCCGGUCUCUCCUCCCGCCUCUCCCGCUAUCCUGCGCAAGCUCGGUCUGCCCAUCGCGCCCACCAUCCUCGACUACUCUGUCAUCGCCAAGAACAACAGUCUCUACAACACUCUGCCCAUUUUCGAUGUCUACAUCGCCGGUCAGGUGUUGAAGAAGCUCCUUGCCGAGUUUCCCAACAAGGUUGACGGACAGCAGGCCGUUGCCGAGAAGAAGGCGAACCUUAUCUACCAGACUCUCGACGCAUACCCUGAUGUCUACCGCGUUGUCCCGGACAAGAGCGUCCGCUCGCGGAUGAAUGUCUGCUUCCGUGUGACCAAGGGUGGCAGCGUCGACGAGUCGGAGAAGUCUUUCUUGAAGGGCGCUGUUGAGCGUGGCGUUACCGGUCUCAAGGGCCACAGAAGCGUCGGAGGUAUCCGCGCCUCCAACUACAACGCGAUUCCCGAGUCCGGCGUCGAGAAGCUUGUUGCCUACUUGAAGGAGUUCGCUGCCUAAGAGGUCGAUGAGAGAUUAAAAGUGAUAUCUGCACAUAAAUAGCCAUCGUGUUUUGAUGACUAGGCGUUUCGAGGCUAAAAAGCUAAAAGGCUAUGAACAGAACCUAGGAAUAUAUUCCCGAGCUCUUACCAUGGCUGGCUCAACAGUCAACUGUCUUGUAUUUCUCACG